UCAGCCCUGCACGUCCUGGCUCACAAUUACAGGGGGUACAGUCAGUGUGCUACCAGAGGUGGAGGGGUUGACUGCAGCACAGAGAGGACCGUGGGAACAAAGACACACAGCAUGGCCAGGUUCUUACUCCGUCACACCCAUCAAGUUUGGCCUCCUGGUUGACAUGUUGAACUCGACCAAUGCCAGCUCCUCCAUCAGCCUCAAAGAAAAGGGCCAACCGGGCCAACCGGGCCAACCCCUCCUUCAGUCCUUCAAGCAAAGCUCUCAUGAAAUCAAUCACCUGAAGCCCUGUACUGAAUAUGAGCUGAAUGUGACAUUUAUCGAUAGUGCUGGCAAAGAAUCAUCUUGUACAACUGAUAUUAUGACACUGGAGAUGAGUCAAGAUGAGGUUAAAGAUGGCAGCUGCAUGCCUGGAUAUGUUUGUUACCAGAGUGACUGGGACAUCAGCUCUUCACUGUCAACAUCAGAUAAUAUUUCAGCUGAGCAAUGCAAAAGUGACAUUAGGGAGUUCUGCAUCAAACCUGGUUUCAAUGACAUCUGCACAAAUGUAACCUCAACCUUCACUUCAGGAAAGUGUGGGGCUUCCUUUAGCCUCACCAACAACAUCCCUGUUGAUUUCUUAGAUCCAAGUGAAAUAAAUCAAAUACGUUCAAAUAAAUUUCCUGCAAAAAUAGAAACAGAAUUACCUCCAAACUGCAACAAUCUCACCAUCGAUUACACCUGUCAGAAACCCGAUGAACCCAACACCUGGAAACUGUCUGAGCUGGAGCCCUUCACAGACUACAACUGUACUGGUCAGAUCAAAGACAACAAUGUCACUGUGAAUCACACGACUGUCCUGUUCAGGAUUGACUGUGAUCUCACAAUAGGCAUCCCAAAGAAAACUGUCAACAACACCUCCAUUGAGUUGAGUUGGGACACGACCAGUAAGAAGUGUGGUCCUGUGCUUCCUGAUCUUAAGAAGCUUUCUUAUGACUGCACUUGUUCCCCCAGUCAGAAACACAGCAUGUCAGCUAAAGCGAAGCCAUCAGAAAGAACAUGUCAUAUUACAGGACUGGAACCAUACACCAGCUAUACCUGUAAAGUCCACAGCUAAUAUAUCAACAAGGAAGUUGCCCAAUCGACUGAAUUUUACUACUUAACUGAGCCUGGAAUACCAGAAGAGAUUACUUCACUGGCGGUGAAUGUUCCAGAGCAUAACGUGAUAAAAGUAACGUGUGCUUAUCGAAAAAGUUCUUUUGGACGUGAGAAGAAAUUCGUUGCAUAUCUUAAUGGUGUCAAGAUGUUUGACAAAGAAAAAUGUGAUUUUGAAUUCAAAGAUCUAAGCUACUCAACGAAUUACGCUGUGGAGGUGAAAGUUUGCAACGGAAGAUUUUGCAGCAAACCCAAAAAAGAAACUGUUUCCACUUCCUAUAAUGACAAAGCUGUCAUUGGGCUUCUGGUCUUCCUCAUCAUCCUUACAUCUGUGGCUCUGCUUUUAGUCGUCUACAAGAUCUACGUUCUGAGGCGCAGGAAGUCCCAGGUUGUGAAUGAAGAUGCGAUGAUCAAACUAACAGCCACUUAUAUUAAUGUCCCGAGAUCUGAAGACAGACGCCGAUGAGGAAAGGCCGGAUUGAACUGCCAACAAAAUCAUCAUUAUGCACGUAUUACUUAGUUUUCUGUCUUUAUCACUUGUUAAUCUGCUUACAUCUGGUAGAGUCUGUUAAAGAAAAGAUACGAUAAACUUGUAAUGUCUUGCUUGACAGCACAAGUGUUUUGUUAAAUGGUUAUGAUAUUUGUUUUCAUGUUUUAAUGUGCACUUUAAAUGUGGAACAUGUUGUCAUUGCAUAAACGUUGGUAAUACUGCU